AUGCCACCAAAAAAGAGAAAUAUUGCUACUGAGAAGACUGCUUCAAGAAUUGAAGACAAAUCUGAUGUUAUUGCAGAAGAUUCCCAUACAAGUGAUCAAAAUGAUGAAGUACGAAGUGAUCUUGAAUCGUUUCUUGAUAGACGCCUACAACAACAGACUAAAUCAAUUAACGAAAUGUUCGAAAAGUUUACAACUUCUACUAAAUCGGAUUUGGAUGAUAUUAAAGCCAGUCAAGAAUUCAUUAGCUCUAAGUUUGAUGAGCUAGCUAAUUCAGUUGAUAUCUUGAAGGCUGAAAAUCAUGAGUUACGUUCACAAAACGAGUCGUUUAAGAAGAGAAUUGAUAACCUUGAGGGUUAUGUUACAACACUUGACGUCGAUUUGGAAAGCCUCGGAGAAUAUACUCGAAGAGAUAGGCUUGAAAUACAUGGAGUCCCAAUUUCGACUGGGGAAAAUACAAACGAAAUUAUUAUUGCAAUUGGACAAUUGUUAGGUGUGAACAUUAAAGAGUCGGAUAUUUCUAUAAGUCACCGACUAUCGGCAAGAGAAGGGUUCAUUGCUCCAAUAAUUGUCAAGUUCUCAAGACGAGAUAUUCGUAAUGCGAUGCUGAGUAAAAAAAGCAAUCUACGGAAUAAAUCCUCGCUUGAUUUGGGUUUGAAUGAAGAAGUCAAAAUUUAUUUAAAUGAAAGCCUGACACAAAGGGGUAGGUCACUGCUCCGAGCAGUGAGAGCAUUCAAGCGAGACUUUAACUUUAAAUUUGUUUGGACAGCUAAUGGAAAGGUAUUUUUAAGGAAAAAUAAUAGCCAGGAAUCUAGAGUUUAUUCAUUUUCCUCAAUUAAAGAAUUUGACGAAUUUAAACUGGACACUAGGAAUUAGUAUUUACCUACACCAGUUAUGUGACUUCUGUUGUGUGUCAAAUAAUUAGUUAACUUCGAUUCUUACUGCCGUGUAUUACCCUUUUAUAGUCUUAAUGAUGAAGAAUUUGAUCAUAUGAUUUAUGAAUUACAGAAUGGCCCUGUUAGUUACGAUGAAAACAGACUUUCAAAUUUGAUUUUUAAUCCGUUAAAUACUUCGUUUAAUAAGACUAUUGAUCAGUUUACAAUCGGUAGUGGUUUGGAUCCAGAUUUCAAUUACUAUUCAGGCGCUCACAACUGUGAUUACUAUACUGAGGAUGGGUUUAGUGCAAAAUUGCGUUCUCAAGGUAUUUCUAAUAGUUUAUCGUUCUUACACCUAAAUAUUAGGAGUUUGCAACGAAAUUUUGAUAAUUUUUCAAAUCUUUUGUUAAAAAUUAAUAUUAAUUUUACUUUUAUUGGACUUUCUGAAACUUGGCUUAAAGACUCAGAAACUUUAAUGGAUAUACCUGGUUAUAGAUUUAUUCAUAACCCCCGUCAUAAUAGAACAGGUGGUGGUGUCGGAUUAUAUUUUUCUGAUCAUUUGUAUUUCAAAUUGCGAAGUGAUUUAUGUUACGAUGAUAUUGAAUGUGCCGAAUCAUUGUUUAUCGAAGUUUUAAAACCCAAGGGAAAAAACAUUGUUAUAGGUGUUGUUUAUCGUCCCCUGGCUAGUGAU